UUAUUUUUAUAAAACGAAACUCAUUUAUAUAAAACGAAAUUGACAUUCAUAAAACGACAUUUUCUUCGAACAAACGACAUUUUUUACCGCGCCCUGUCACUGACAUCAAAGAAAAAACGGCGUUUUAUUUCGCGUUCCGUGAACACUGUCGAUGACUCUUAUCUUGUUCCUUCCAUCCUUUCUGUCUGCCUGUCCCUUCCAUAUUAAAUAUGGCAGAAUAUCGGGAUGUUGUGGAAUUCUUAACGAGAGGCUUUAGUUUAUUUGAUGAACUACAUCGAAACAUUUUUACGAAAGAUAAUGUUACGGCUGAGGUGAUAAUGGCUCGUUCUGAAGAAUACUUAUGUGGCCUAUGCCUACUAUCUCGCCUUCAGGGAUGGACUAAUGAAAUCGUGCAUUUUUUCGCAGAUGUUAUUAUGCUUUUUCAAAAUGAAAUUGCAAAACUUUCAACUCAGUUUAGCAUUCAUAACGGCAACGAAAACGAUCAAUACGUAUGCCCAAUGGAAGAGAACGAAAUGAGCUCUGCUGGAAGGCCACGAUUUUUUAUUACAAAAGAACAAAUUGAUGGACUGCGUAGCUUGCACUUUUCUUGGAAGAAAAUUGCAGCGAUGCUUAAUGUUUCGGAAAGAACAAUACGGCGACGAAGAAAAGAACUUCGCAUGGAAAUUGGGCAGGCUGUGAGCUAUAGCGACAUAAGUGAUGAAGACCUUGACGCAAAUAUAGAACAUAUCUUAAAUCGUUCCGUAAAUUCAGGAGAGAGAAUGGUAUUUGGUGCACUGAAAGGAUUUGGUUUAAAGGUGCAGAGAGAAAAGAUCCGAAAUUCAAUCAGACGAGUUGAUCCUGUGAGCAGAGAACUAAGGAAAAAAACAUCAAUCCAUCGUCGAACAUAUAAUGUUACAAUUCCAAAUGCGCUAUGGCAUAUUGAUGGCAAUCACAAAUUGAUUCGCUGGAGAUUUGUGAUUCAUGGAGGUGUUGAUGGCUUCUCCAGAACCAUUGUCUACUUAAGAUGUUCAACAAACAAUACAAGCAGUACUGUCUUUCAGUUAUUUUUGCAAAGUAUUCAAACAUACAAGUGCCCUCGUGAGUCGAAGUGA